AUGUUGACUUCCAAAGAUUCAAAAGAGCAUUCAUGCUCCAAGAUACUAUCAAUAGGACCUAUUUCUACAUACACACACUUCUCUCUCAGUACAACACACACACACACUCUCUCUCUCUCUCUCUCUCUCUCUCUCUCUCUAUCUAUCUAUCUAUCUAUCUAUAAAUUAGGACGCAACGUGUUUUUUCUCUCGUCUCUUAUAAACUUUUUCUUUUCCUUCCCUAACACAUAUUUAUUUCGUUGUUCUGUUUUUCAUUCUCUAUUUCCUUCACUUUUUUUUAAUUCUCUAUCGUCUUUUAAUUUUUAUCGUUUUUUUUUUCUAUGUCAAUUAUCUUACUUCUCACGUUUUAUCUUUCCUUCCAAAUUUUCUUCGCAAAUACUCUUUAUUUUUUUUCUUCUUAUUUAUUUCUCUCUAACAUUAUAUCCCCUUAAUUCUAAUCUAUUCAUCAGCUUUCAGGUUCAUCUUUAUAACUACUUCAUAUUUUGUUUCUAUUUAUCUUUUAUUUUGUAUUUGUUUUCAUUGAUUCUUUUUUCUUUCUUACUUUCUUUCUUUCUUCCUGCCUCCUUUCCUUCAUUUCUAUAUUCUUUCUUUUUUCCUUCUUUUUUCUUUCUUUCCUUCUUUCUUUCUUUCGUUCUUUCGUUCUUUCGUGUUUUUUCUUUCUUUCUUGCUUUCUUUCCUUCCUUCCUUCGGUCCUUUCCAUCUUUCUUUCUUUCCUUCUUUCUUCCCUUCUUUUUUCUUUCUUUCUUUCUUUCUUUCUAUAUUCUUUCUUUUUUCCUUCUUUUUUCUUUCUUUCCUUCUUUAUUUCUUUCUUUCUUUCCUUCUUUCGUUCUUUCGUGUUUUUCUUUCUUUCUUUCUUUCUUUCUUUUUUCCUUCCUUCGUUCCUUUUCCAUCUUUCUUUCUUUCUUUCCUUUCUUUCUUCCUUCUUUUUUUUCUUUCUUUCUUUCUUUCUUUCUUUCUAUAUUCUUUCUUUUUUCCUUCUUUUUUCUUUCUUUCCUUCUUUAUUUCUUUCUUUCUUUCCUUCUUUCGUUCUUUCGUGUUUUUUCUUUCUUUCUUUCUUUCUUUCUUUCUUUCCUUCCUUCCUUCCUUCGUUCCUUUCCAUCUUUCUUUCUUUCCUUCUUUCUUCCCUUCUUUUUUCUUUCUUUCUUUCUUUCUUUCUUUCUAUAUUCUUUCUUUUUUCCUUCUUUUUUCUUUCUUUCCUUCUUUAUUUCUUUCUUUUUUCCUUCUUUUCUUCUUUCCUUCCUUCGUUCCUUUCCAUCGUUCUUUCUUUCUUUCCUUCUUUCUUUCUUUCUUUCUUUCUUUCUUUCUUUCCUUCCUUCCUUCGUUCCUUCAUUUCCCUUUCCAUCUUUCUUUCUUUCCUUCUUUCUUUCUUUCUUUUUUCUUUCCUUCCUUCUUUCUUUCUUUCUUUCUUCCUUCCUUCUUUCCUUCCUUUCUAUAUUCUUUCUUUUUUCCUUCUUUUUUCUUUCUUUGCGUCUUUCUUUCUUUCUUUCCUUCUUUCGUUCUUUCGUGUUUUUUUGUUUCUUUCUUUAUUUCUAUCGUUCCUUCAUUUUCCCUUUCUAUCUUUCUUUCUUUUCUUCUUUCUUUCCUUCCCUGCGUCCUUCUUUCUUUCCUUCCCUCUGUCUUUCUUUCUUUCUUUCUUUCUUGUUAUGUCAUUGA